AUGGGUUAUUUUAUUCCUAAGGAAGCUAUUGCUAAUUUGAAGUACUAUAAGUAUCAAAGUGAAGACAGAUCCUUGAUCUCUAAUUACAUUUUGCGACCAUACUGGAGAUGGUUUUCGCAGCUGUUCCCAAUGUGGAUGGCACCAAACUUGGUUACACUAUCUGGUUUAGGUUUCAUUAUCCUAAAUGUGCUGACUGUGUUGUAUUAUGAUCCUUAUUUAAACACAGAAACGCCCAGAUGGACAUACUUCUCCUAUGCCCUAGGUUUAUUCCUGUACCAAACAUUUGAUGCUUGUGAUGGUAUGCAUGCGCGUCGUACUGGUCAAUCAAGCCCAUUGGGGGAGCUAUUCGAUCAUUGUAUUGACUCUUUGAAUACCACCUUAUCCCUGUUUCCUGUUUGUUCAAUGCUUGGUUGUGGUUAUUCUAUGAUUUUGAUUGGUACACAAUUUAUGGUUCUCGGAAAUUUCUACUUGAGUACAUGGGAGGAGUUCUAUACCCACAGAUUGUUUCUAAGUGAAUUUUCGGGUCCUGUUGAAGGUAUUUUAUUGCUUGUCUUCCAGUUCAUACUAUGUGGUCUUUUUGGUACUCAGAGAGUUUGGCACACUAAACUGCUAUCGAUUCACUUACCUUUGACUAUUGGUAACUCAGAUAUUUUCGAAUUGGAAACUGUUCAUUUGAUGAUCUGUUUUUCUACAUUUGCUCUAUUAUUUAACAUUCUUGCGGCAACUAGUAAUGUCUUCCAGUAUUUCAAAGAGCACAAUAAGAAGAAUGACAUGGAAGAAGUCGAGGCUGAGAAGAAAGAAGCCAUGAUUGCCCUUAUGCCAUUCUUUAUUUAUUUUGCUACUGUUUUCGCUUUAGUUGCAGUAGAUAACUUGUUCAUUUCAUUCCCAUUUAUCAUUUCAGUUGGUUUGACAAUGGCAUUUGUUGUGGGCCGUAUGAUUGUUGGUCAUCUAACUAAGCAAAAGUUCCCAUUAGUCAACUUUCCAAUGUUUAUCCCAAUCUCUCAGUUGAUCAUGUACAUAAUUUUCGUUUGCUAUUUCAAAUCUGAUAGAGAGACCAUGGUAUUGGCUUUAUUGUGGGGUGGAUUUGGUGUCAGUCUAGGUAUCCAUGCGAUGUUCAUAAAUGAGAUUAUCUAUGAAUUCACCACCUACCUUGAUGUUUAUGCCUUAAGUAUCAAACAUCCAAAAUCUACUUAG